AUUUUCCCACACAGGCUAGGAUUUUUUGUUGCAGAAAAUGGAUCAUCCUCUCGAAACUUCAAGGCACAAGUGUGCAGCUUGCUUCAGGCAAUUCAACAAGAUAGAGCACUUGGUAGACCAUAUGAGAACCUCAUUUCACUCAGUUCAUGAACCCAUUUGUGCCAUUUGCAAGAAACACUGCAGAUCUCUUGAUUCUCUCAGAGAACAUCUCAUUGGGCCACUGCCAAAACAAGAAUGCAAAAACAUCUUCACUACUCGAGGAUGCAAAUUCUGCUUGGCCAUCUUGGACAGUCCUUACUCACAAAGGCUCCACCAAGAAAGAUGCCAAUUUUCGGGUGUAAAUUCUGGGCUUCUUGCUCGUCUGGCCAACUUGGGAAUUCGUGACGCUUCGAUCGUCGUCGACGGCGGCAGAGCUCGAGCCACCGGCACCGUCGCAUUGGCUUGCAAAUAUGUAGGCGGCGGCGGCGAUGGGUCGCUGGACAUCUGCGCCAAGGUCUGCCUUAUUGAUGAGACCGAAAAUGUGAUCUUCUAUAGCUAUGUCAAGCCAAUCAUUCCUGUCACAAAUUAUCGGUUUGAAACGACCGGUAUUCGUCCAGAACAUUUGAGAGAUGCAAUGCCGCUGAAGCAAGUGCAGAAGAAGAUUCAAGAAAUCCUCUACAAUGGAGGUGAGAAGGCUAGGGUUCUUGUGGGUCACGGUGUGGAAGACGAUCUCAAACGCCUCCAAAUUGGAUAUCCAAUCAUAAGGGACACAGCAAAUUAUCCCCCAUUGAUGAAGACAAGCAAGCUCUGCAAUUCACUCAAGUAUCUAGCUCAAGUGUAUCUAGGAUUUGACAUUCAAAAUGGGAUACAAGAUCCUUAUGAAGAUUGUGUUGCCAGCAUGAGGCUUUACAAGAGAAUGAGAUCACAAGUGCACAAAAUAGAGGACUAUCCAAUGGCUUCUGACCCACAAAACAAAAAUAACUUUGGAAUUUGGAGGCAAAAUGAGCUCGAGAGGAUGACCCCAGAACACAUGUUGGACAUCUCCAGGUCUGAUUACUAUUGUUGGUGCUUGGACUUGAGGAUUUGAGCUUCUUCAAUAUCAAUGGCGGCCAAUUCAUGGGCCGCCAUACAAACUUCUUAAAUUUUAUCUCAACCUCAGAGAUUAUUCGUUACUAUGAUGAUGACUUAUUGAUUAUGGAAAGCUUAAUUAAGUUGGAGAAUUUGGAGAAUUAUU